AUGGCUUCCUUGAAGAGCUUUGUUCUCGUCGUCGCCCUAAUUUUCUCAACCGUGAACAUGAGCUUUGGUGCUCGCCAUAUGCUACAAACAACUGUGCCGUCGAUACCAACUUUGCCCACCAUACCUACUCUGCCGAACCCAACAUCUUUGCCACUGCCAACCAUGCCGACAUUGCCAAAGAUGCCGCCUAUUCCCACCAUCCCGACCACCUUGCCUCAGCCCACGAUACCGACGUUGCCCACCACCCAGCCAACAUUGCCCACGACUGCUCUGCCGCCACUUCCGAGCUUGCCGACUAUGCCAACCACCGUCCCGAAGCUAACUUUGCCACCCAUGCCGAGCAUCCCUACUUCACUUCCUAAAAUUCCUUCCAUCCCUUUCCUCACUCCACCUCCAGCAAGCAGCCCUUGA